CUACAAGUCCGACGUCCACCAUCAUCAGCUCUCAAGACGUCCCACAGUCGGCCUAUGAGGACCUGGAUGCACAUAUGGCACCCAAACCCUCAAGUCCAAAGUCCACCAUCACCAGCUCCUUUGACGUCCCGCAGUCGGUCUACGAAGGCUUGGAUGCUCCGAUGCCUACUGUCACAGAUGGAAGCCACUCGGAUGUUAAUGUCAAGCCUGUACCUCGUCCCAGGUCUAGAAUACAACCAAAGUCUGAGCAUAACAACAACAACAACUGUUGACUCUUCAGACACAACUAGCGAUACAACCGAUGCAGUGCCUCAGAGUUCCCAACUCAAUGAGCGUCCUGCAGACUUUAAGACGCCUUGUCCCGUUCGUCCUCCACGACCGCCGCUGAGCAAAUAUAUGACCUCCACAACAGCAGUCUAUGGAGGCAAUCAGUAUAUGAUUUCACAAUAUGAGCCAAAUGUUGGGACUGCAGCUGUCAGUCCUGAGAGAAAACCACCUUCUCCAGGGCCGGCACGCCCGCCUCCUCCCUGCAUCGACUACGCAAGACGUUCUAAAAUGAAGCUACCCUCUGUGAAACAGAGCUCAACUGAUGAGAGUGCGCAAUCCACACCCACCUACGUCAGCUUCGUGCAACCCUCUUCAACUGUUUCUGAUGGAGAGGUCACAUACAGCCCAGACAGACCAGCAGUUCCGCCUCGGAUCUGGGCUUCCUCCCUGACUCGCUCUAAGUCGAUGCCGGAAACCUCGCCUACACAGACCAGACCACCCCCACCUUGUUUCACCCCGCCUCCCCCACCUUCAAUAUAUACAGAUUCGGAGUCGAUUUACAGUGAGAUCGAGCACUACCUGGACGUCCUGCCAGAGGAUGAAGAUAAGAUAACUGUGACUUCAGACAGGCCAACGUUUCGCUACCAGAGUGGCAUCUCCACUUCUCGUCAACCGUCCACAGACGACAAAGAGGACAUUAUCGGGAUGUGUCGAUGGUUGAAAAGAGUCUCAAAAUCUGACUGCAUGACUCCGUCACUGUAUGGCCUCAGUAUAGAGGAGGAAAUCAGGUCAUUCAACGAGAGAGCGAUGAAUGUGAAAAAGGCCCUGCGUCUCUACAACCUCCUGAUGAUGAAACGCAGCGACUGCAUGAAGAACAUCAUCACAGAGUUCAGCACCAUCUCAGAGAGCCUGGACAAGAUGCAGAAGAAAACCAAAACCAUGGACAUCGCCGGAGGAACCACGGGCGCUGUGGGAGGAGUGACCGCAGUCCUGGGCAUCGCCUUCGCUCCGAUGACCUUGGGGGCCUCGCUGAUCGCUACAGCUGUUGGAGCCGGCAUGUUGGCGUCCGCUGGAGGCAUGGGGGCCCACACUGCAAAGACCAACAAGAAGAAGGUGGUGAACAGGAUGACAGUGGAGAAACUAAUGUACGACUACAAGGGAAAUGUGGUCGAGCCGGAGCUUUGUCUGGGUUUUAUCCUCUCUGGGAUGAACGAGCUACGAAGGCACGAAAUCGCCAGGAUUCAGAGGGCCGGAGCCCAGACUGACGCUCUGAAAGUGGCUCAUCUGGCACAGACGGUGUUUAACAUGAACUACGAUAGGAGGUUGUCGGUUCCACACAUGGGAGGGAUGUCAUCUGAGAGACUGCUGAUGGCGUUUGCAAAAGAUAUGGAUCUGUAUUUCACAGAAAAGGAAGGGCAGAAGCUGAAGAAGUCCAUUAAGAGCAAGUUUUCCGGUAGAGUUCGUCUGCUGUCGGAAAAUCUGAAGGAGGAACUGAACCAGAUGAUUCGCCUCUGGGAGAAGUUUGUUUGAAUCAAAAUACUGUGUGUGUGUGUGUGUGUGUGUGUGUGUGUGUGUGUGUGUGUGUGUGUGUGUGUGUGUGUGUGUGUGUGUGUGUGUGUGUGAGAGAAAGUUGAAUUGUGUAACUGGAGAAGACAUGCCUUAUUUAGUUUCUUUUUGUCCUAUUGGUUUUGUCUAAAUGUAUUUAUGCUGCUUUUUAAAAAUAUAUUUAUUGAUGUACAGUACUUUUGUCAACUCUAU